CAAUUUAACAGAAAACUCCGCAACUUAGGGAAAUGCGGUCACAUUGCUCGGUUUAAUAAUACAAACGCCUUUUUAAUUAAUUUAUUUAAUUCAUUUAACUGAAUUUAAUACGUUUACACCACAUCUGUGCAAUAAUGAACAAUAUGGAACCGGGGGUUGAAAUGUUCUCUCCGGAGACUGUUCUGAAGUCGGAAACGGACACCAACGCAGCGGGGACGACAGGCAAUGCCAGCAGCAACAAGGUGCUGAGCGCCAAAGAGGAUGAGCUAAUAUCAAUGGAAACACUGCGUGAAUCACCGGUGCAGUGGCCAGAACGCUUUCCUGGAAUGGAUGAUUUUCUGACCAUGAGCCAAACACCGAUACACACACCAAGCGCCGAAUGCACACAAAACUUUACCAGUGCGGACAUGGCAAGGAUGAACCAGCUGGCCAGCCUAACACCAGAGCAAUUGAUAGAUAAGAUUAAGUCCAUGCAUGAUGAAAUCUAUCAACUAGGCCUGCGAGAGUCCAAGGAAAUGACACGCGGUAAACUGUUGGGCAUAUUUGAUCGAAUGGCCAAAGGAAAGAACUAAGACAUUCACUUUGAAUUCUGUUGCCGUAUUAUAUAUAGUUAAUUUUACUUUAUUAUACAUAGACAUGUGAUUACAUGUAGCCUAAAUUUAAUGUAUAUUAUGAAUUUUUUUUGUAAUAAAAAGAGCGAUCGUUGAUUAAUUUA